UUGUUAAUGCUAGUGGUGCCAAGCUGGUCAAACAUCCCGGUCCGAAACUAGGACAGGGGAAGACGCGUGCGCCCAUCAUCCCCACCAUCGCCCGAUCGAUCCGAUCCGCCGCCGCCACCUGCUCUGCGGACGACGUGUCGCGCCGGGAGGGGUAGAUGGACGCGGUGCCGGCGCUGGCGGUGGUGGACGCGCGCUUCUGCGCCGGGGACGAGGCGGCGCUGGCGGUGGCCAAGACGCUCAGCAUGUCCGGCAACGACUUCACCGUCACCGACGCCGCCACGGGCGCCCUGCUGCUGCGGGUCGACGGCGUGCUCUUCAGCCUCCGCCGCCGCUGCCUCCUCGCCGACGCGCACCGCCGCCCCGUGCUCACCGUGCAAGAAUCGGCGCUGGUGAUGAACACGCGGUGGAAGGUGUACCGCAGGGACAGCACGAGCCGGCGGGACCUGCUGUUCACGGUGGUGAAGCCGUCGGUGAUCCAGCUGCGGUGGUCCACCAAGGUCAGCGUCUUCCUCGCCAGCAACGACGCCGAGCAGGCCCCCGACUUCCGGAUCACCGGCAGCUACCACGACGGCGCCUGCUCCGUCUCCCUCGGCGAAUCCGACACCGUCAUCGGCAGGAUCGACCGGCGGUCCACCGUGGUGAGCGCGCUGCUGGGGAAGAACGCCUACAGCGUCACCGUCAACCCCGGCAUCGACUACGCCUUCAUCGUCGCGCUCGCCGUCGUCCUCGACGAGAUGCACUACCAAUGACCACCACUGGAAUGCAAAUGCUUGCCGCGGGCGCCGUCUUCAGUCUUACUGCUAGCUCCAGGAGGCUCCUAUGGACUGCUGUGUAUGUCCAUGCUUUGUGUAGGGGAAUCACGAAUGCUCUGCUUUUGAGGUGAUACCUGUGUCGGCCGUCAGAGCCUGAGCUGUGAAACAGAGUUUUUGAUCCGCUUCAGCAAUGUUGAGAGGAAACUCGGUUGAGCGCCUUUGCUUGGUCCAAUUCGGUUUUUUCAGGGCCAUCUCCAACGCGGCCCUCAAA